AUGUUUCUUCUUAAUUCUUCCGCGGCGCUGGCCGCAUUGUUUGCUAGCAUGGUCAAUGCCUUUCCCAACUUACCCUUUGUUGUGGAUGGCCCUAACAUGGUUGACACGACGGGAGCUACCGUCAAAUUCGCUGGAACAAACUGGCCAGGUCACGGAGAAGUUAUGAUCCCCGAAGGAUUGCAGUACCAAUCUAUCGAGACCAUUGUUUCCGACAUCAAGAGCCUCGGAAUGAACGCCAUUCGUCUGACCUAUGCCAUUGAAAUGAUUGACCAGAUCUAUGCCAAUGAUGGAGAAGACAUUGAUAUCAAGACAGCAUUCACAGCUGCUCUGGGCGCAAGCAAUGGGACUGUGGCGCUGAACAGCGUACUGGCAAAUAACCCGCAGUUCACGGAGAGUACAACGAGACUUGAGGUCUAUGAUGCUGUUACAAAGGAGCUUGCCAAGAACGAGAUUUAUAUCAAUCUUGACAACCAUAUGUCCAACGGCAAAUGGUGCUGUUCUGGCACCGACGGCAAUACCUGGUGGGGAGACACAUAUUUUGAUGCAGACAACUGGGUUCGAGGGCUUUCGUACAUGGCUAAUCAUGGGCUGUCUUGGAGCAACUUGGCAUCCAUGUCCCUUCGCAACGAAUUCCGCCAGCCAACAAAUAAUGAGGCUGUCAAGGCCACAUACAACUGGGAGACUUGGUACAAAUAUAUCCGUGAAGGCGCAGCCGCCGUUCAUGCAGCUAACCCAGACGUACUGGUCAUCCUUUCUGGUCUGAACUAUGACACCACCAUGCAGCCUGUUGUCAGGGGACAAGCUCUCUCCCCGGGAACUGCCACGUUUAGCUUUGAUGACUUUGCCGGGUUCGAGAACAAGCUGGUCAUUGAGCUUCACAACUACGACAGAAGUGCAUCAUCUUGCUCUGCUCUCCAAGGCUCCCUGUAUAACGGCGGAGCGCAGGCCAUGAACCCUGACGAGGCAAGCACCGUGAAUGUCUUCCCGGUCUUGGUGACUGAGUUUGGGUUCCCACAGGACGGGAGCUCUUGGCAAACUGUCUAUGUGACGUGCCUGGCCGAAUGGAUGCCCAACAACACGGCCGGGUGGUUUCAGUGGGUUGUGGUCGGCAGUUAUAUGAUCCGAUCAGGCGUGCAGGACUAUGACGAAUCCUGGGGACUGUACAACCAUGACUGGUCGGCGUGGAGGGAUAGUGCGUACAUCAACAACGUGCUUAUCCCAUCUGUGGAAGCAACGGUUGGAGAUAGCUGUCGUUUCGAACAUCCCAGUGGUGGAAACAGGAACCAGAGCUCCAAUCGCUUCGGCGGAGGAGGCAAUGUCGGCGGAAACCAAAAUGCGCUUGACAAGUACAAGAUUUCGGUAGAGACGAUAGAAGCGGAUCUAACGACUGAAACACCACAAUGGAUCCUAUCCGCCUACGCGCCCGGCAAAGACCCCCCCGAGCAAUUGUUUGGUGGUUUCCCACGGGAGCAGAGCUUCGAGGAGAUGAGGUUUCAUUUCUACCAAGCUCGCGCUGCCGGCAAUGAGCAGCAGGCUCUCAGCCAAGCUCAGGAGCUAUAUCAAACCGCCCAACAACAGAAUCAAAAUGCUGUUCGCAACAUUCGUGAUGCAAUGAACUUCAUCGUUCAAGGAGAAAACCGACAUCCAAACCGGCACGACCUCUGUAACCAGGGUACUCAGGGUCAGCCGUUUGGCGAGUUCCUUGUGGGCAAGAGACCCAAGACUACCAUUGCUGGAGCCGCUCCGGCCAAUCCAUUCUCAUCCAACAACAAUUCGAGCACGCCAUCUGCCUUUGGUGGAGGAGCAGCUGCCGGCUCAAGCGCAUUCGGUCAGCCUUCUACCCUUGGCCAACGACCAAGUGCUUUCGGUGCACCCGCCUUUGGGCAGCCUUCUCAACCAACGUCAACUUUCGGACAGUCUUCGCAACCUAAUUCUGGUGGCUCGGCGUUUGGACAACCGUCUCAACCCAGCUCAGCUUUUGGACAACCAUCACAACCAUCUCAGCCAUCAUCAGCAUUCGGACAGCCAUCUCAACCCGCGUCCGCGUUUGGGCAGCCCUCAGCUCUUGGGGCAAAGCCUAGUCCUUUCGGAGCCCCAUCUUUUGGUCAAUCAUCGCAACCAAACGCGCAGGGCAAUGCCUUUGGUCAGCCCAGCCAGCUCGGUCAGAAGCCGAACCCUUUUGGUACUGCCCAACCCAGCGCCUUUGGAAGUAACACCAACAACGCCCCGGCUGCCAAUCCCUUUGGUGGAGGAGGAUCGAGCCAAAGCAAUACCGCAACUAGUGCGUUUGGAGGAGGAUCGAGCCAAAGCACCACCGCAACUAGUGCGUUUGGAGGCGGAUCGAGCCAAAGCACCACCGCAACUAAUGCAUUUGGAGGUGGUGGGAACAACCAGGCACAGGGCAACCCCAGCCCUUUCGGGCAGCCAUCUCAGAACAAUACUCAGGGCAGUGCUUUCGGUCAGCCAAGUACUCUUGGCCAGAAGCCAAACCCGUUCGCAGCCGCACAACCACCUGCUCAAGAUGGAAACUCCCCAUUUGGUGCCAAGCCAGCAGCGCCCUCGGGAUUUAACCAGAAACCCCAAGAAAACAACCCAUUUGCCCAGCCCGCCAAUGCUGGAGCAGCCCCCGCAAAUCCAUUUGGAACAAACCAGCCGCAGCAGAAGGUUGAGACUGGUCCCCAGGCCAACCCCUAUCCAUCUGAUAGUACCAGACAACACCCGCCUCUCGAGAGCUACGCGUCUAAGGGUAUGGAUGGUAGGUUGACCAUGUUCAAAGGUAAGCCAGUCACCUACAAGGACAGUUUGCCGGGGAUUAGGCUAUUUGAUGGAACAUGGCAGCGAAUUUGGUUUCCCAAUGGUCCACCAAGCUUUUACAAGGAUACUGCAAUGCCUUUGGAGAAGUACGAUGAUAAGACAAAGGCACAAUGGGCCGCGUUUGCGGAGAGCGGCAACUUUGCUGAUGGAGCCAUGCCUGCGCUCCCGCCACCACGGGAUUGCACGCUGUGGAACUUUUGA